ACGAAGUAUAGUAUGAGAAUGGAAUAGUAUUAUUUUUUCGGUGGCAAAAUGUCCAAUAAUCAUUAGUAUGACCCAAUUUAACUGUAUAGUAUAAGAACAACAAUUAUGAUAACAUUCUAAUUCUCACUUUCAAGUUUCACCCAUCUUGAGUCUCAACUCCCAAGUCCGCUGAACCCAAACCAAAAGAGAAAGAAACAGUAGUAGUAUAGGAGCUACUAAGAGAGAGAGAGAGAGAGAGAGAGAGAGAGAGAGAGUCAGAACAGAACACCGAAAAAUAGAAAGAGAGAGAGAGAGAGAGAGCUGAUGAGAGCUGUAAUCACAUGGGUUCUGUUUGGUUGAUGGGGUCCUCUUCUUUCUCUUCUUCCAACCGACAAUUAUGAGCUUUUAAUCAAUAAAACAAAAACCCAUUUAUAAUUUCUCCCUUUUUAAUUUUUUUCCUUCUUUUUUUUUUGGGUUCUUCCUCACCGGAUCUGGAUCAUGGCUAACGAUAAGGAAUUGCCUGAUUCUAUGAUUAGCGGUCCUGACACGGUUACCGGUCACAUCAUCUCUACAACUAUUGGGGGGAAAAAUGGAGAACCUAAACAGACCGUCAGUUACAUGGCAGAGAGGGUUGUGGGAACUGGAUCAUUUGGAGUGGUUUUCCAGGCAAAGUGCCUGGAAACUGGAGAGACUGUGGCUAUAAAGAAGGUUUUGCAAGACAGGAGAUACAAAAACCGUGAACUGCAGUUGAUGCGUACCAUGGAUCACCCGAAUGUGGUGUCUCUGAAGCAUUGCUUUUUCUCAACUACGAGCAAUGAUGAGCUCUUUCUCAAUUUGGUUAUGGAAUAUGUCCCUGAAUCCAUAUAUCGAGUUAUAAAGCAUUAUAGUAAUAACAACCAGAGGAUGCCGCUCAUCUAUGUCAAACUUUACACAUAUCAAAUUUUCAGAGGUUUAGCCUAUAUGCACACGGUUCCUGGAGUAUGCCAUAGAGACUUGAAGCCCCAAAAUAUAUUGGUUGAUCCUCUUAGUCAUCAAGUUAAAAUUUGUGAUUUUGGAAGUGCAAAAGUGUUGGUGAAAGGCGAAGCAAAUAUAUCAUACAUUUGCUCACGGUUUUAUCGUGCCCCAGAGCUGAUAUUUGGUGCCACGGAAUAUACUACCUCUAUUGAUAUCUGGUCUGCUGGCUGUGUUCUUGCUGAACUGCUUUUGGGACAGCCACUAUUUCCUGGAGAGAAUGCUGUUGAUCAGCUGGUGGAGAUCAUCAAGGUUCUUGGAACACCAACCCGAGAAGAAAUUCGUUGUAUGAAUCCAAAUUACACUGAUUUUAGAUUUCCUCAAAUAAAGGCACACCCAUGGCACAAGGUAAGCUUGCUUUCCAAUUCAACUCUGAAUGUAAUCAAUAUAUUUUGUUGUUAAUCAUGUUAUAACCCCUGGGGUUAGUUCUUGAUUACUUUCUCUCUGAUUUAUGCCUCAUUUUAGUUAUUUUUGGCUUCUCUGACGUAACGGUUGAUCAUCCUCUUCCUUAAUGUCUUACAUCCUUAACGAAGGAUAACUAUGAACAGUAUGAUGAAGCUUGUAAAAUGUUUCCUUUUGGUCACUGUUUUACCAAAAGAAUAGAGAAGGCAAAAUGUUAUGAUCUACUGGAUACUGAAGCUUAUGUUAGACAAAAUUUGCUGAUAGGCUGACUUAUCACUUAAAGAAAUUGAUAUCUUCUUUUGCUACAGUUGCUUAAUUACGCCACUUACAGAUCUCGACAUUGAUAUAUCUUUUGCUUUCUUUUGGAUUUUAGUGUUGAUGCAUCUACAUUACUAAUCUUAUUGCUGGGGUGCAGGUUUUCCACAAACGAAUGCCUCCUGAAGCAAUAGAUCUUGCAUCACGCCUUCUCCAGUAUUCCCCAAGUCUUCGUUGCACAUCAGUGAGUUUGAAUCCUCUUUGAUAUACAUUACAGUUUUUAUAGUUUUGGUCUUUCAAAUUAUCAUGUCAAGUAUAAAUGCAGCAUGCUAUCUUGGCGUUUGUUCCAGCAACAAUGCUUUGUUGUCUUCUAUGUCAAAUAUUUUGGGUGUAUAUAGCCCUAUCUUCAAUCGGUUUUCUGGGACAAGAGAUUUUGAGUCUCAAUCGAUUUUCGCAAUGUUUUUUGGCAUGCAAAUUUUUUGUGUGCUCUGCUGCUCCCAUUUGAGCAUCUAUUCAUAUUUUCAUAUUCAGGUUUACUUGCUCCUUAGUAGAAACCUUUUAUAUUUGCAGCUUGAAGCAUGUGCACAUCCCUUUUUUGAUGAACUUCGUGAACCUAAUGCGCGGUUACCAAAUGGCCGUCCACUACCGCCUCUCUUCAAUUUUAAGCAAGAGGUAUGUCAUUUCUCAUCAUAGUAUAUCUGAAAUCCUUCCUUUGCUGCUGUUUGUUGAUCGUGUUUACUUAGAGUAUAGUCCCAAAGGUGGUUGAGAAUUGUUGUGCUGUUCUUAGAUGAGUAUAAUAGACAGGAAAAGAAAUCUCUUAGUUUGUAUUAUUUGGGUUGUUGAGCUGUAUAGCUUAUAAAAUAUUACACAAAUUAUAUUGUCAAAACGAGCUUGCAACCAUGUUGCAUGCUGUUCUUUUCCCCCUUGAUCCUCACAUCUUGUGUCUUUCAUCAAUUUCUGAGGUAGCCAUGAUUCACUUGACCGAAUCACUGGUUUGCAGAGUCUUGUUUGAUCUUCAGAUGUGGUACUUUUGGUGCUUGUUACCAAAUUCUUUUAAUUCCUUUUGAUGCCUGGAUGGAGCCCAUCUAACAACUUUGUAACGUAGUAGUUGUUGACCAGUUGCAAAUCAUACUACAAAAUUGGUGGUUGAUAAAAAUAUGUCAAGGUUGACACUAAUAAUUACUAAUGUAUACAGCUGGCUGGAGCCUCACCUGAUCUUGUCAACAGACUGAUACCCGAAUAUAUGAGAAGGCAAGUAGUCAUGCCAAUGCAAAUGGGAUGAGUCAAGGUUUUGCUACUGGGUGGGUUGUAAAAACCAAAGAGUUGUUUAUUUGAUGUACUCCCGAUGCGUACCUAGCUGACCAUAGGCAUCACGUUGAUGGUUGCGGCCGAGUACAGAAUAAGGCAGCUGCAGGUUGGGUAUCUCGAAAUUUGUUUCUGUUGCUUUGAAGCCGGCCACGUUUACCUCUGCCCAAAGAACCCUGAUUUCCUCUUUUUCCCGGAGAAUAUUUUCUCUGGCUACCCUUGUAAGAGAUGUCCACUUGUAAUGUAAUGAACAGAUCCCUCGUUGUAAAUGCUCAGUUGUUUCUGUUAGAAGGAGAGUUUUUCAGCAAAAUAUGAGUUGUAUGGAUAGGGGGUAUUAGUGUUGUAAUCCAAUCAAGAAGAGUUGGUAAAGUAAUUAGUGUCUCUGAAAUUACGAAAAGCUUGAUUUAUACUGCUUGUAUUUAAUUAAUGUUUUGUAAUGAGUGAAAUUUCUACGUAUAGCAGAAGAAAAAUAUACUGCACUUAUGAAGCAUUGUAAUUUGUAUCUUUUGUAAGGAUGUCUUCUCUUAUCUUUUUGUCCCUUCUCUCCUUCCUGCAAUUGCAAUUUUUACUAUCAAUAAAAGUGUCUUUGAAGGGAAAACAAGAACUUACUGAAUGUGAAUGUAGAAUUUUUUUAAUUAUUAU